AUGCACAGGACGCCAGGGAAGAGGCUGAGGCUGGACACGGCGCCUCCCUGCGUCAGCUCACUGCCCUCGCCCAUCUCGUUGAAGCAGCACCGCCUGGAGCCUCCGCCUCUUCCUUGCUGGAGGGAUCUUUGCACCACAGUAACUGCGCACUUCCGAUUUCGCCCUUGCAAAGAUUGGGGGGAGGGCCGCGGAAAGGCUGACUUAACCCUUCCCCUGCCUGCCAGUUGCUUUCCCACAAAAUCACCCCCGUCCACUUUCCCACCCUCCCCGACCAAAUUCCAGCGCCUUGACAGCACCUUCUUCCCGGAAGGCUCGGGUUACCAGUUCUGGAUCUCUUUCUUGGAAAGCGCCCCUCUUCCCUUUAUUCUCUGUCUGGCGAUUUCACCUCUGCAAAGAUCCAGCGCUAGCCGCAGCAGCAGCAGCAGCAAGACAAGUGCAAGCAAAACCUCGAAGGAGACGGCGAGGAAAUCGGGCUCGUUUCGCGAGGACGGCGCAGCAGCUCAGCCUCCGACGGUUACGAGCGCCAGCCCGCGCCCAAUAACUCGUGGACAUCCCUACGAAGCUGAAUGUUGGAAGAUUAAGAGGAAAUGCUUCUUCGGGCAACGCAUAGAUAAACCGUGGAACUCACUGCCGCGGGAGGCAAUGACGGCCACCGAUUUGGAUAUGGCUUUAAAGGAGGACGAGACCACGUAGAAGGGGGCCAAAGGCGGCAAAAUGCUCCUGAAUCCCAGCUGCCUGGACCUGUUCCAUCUCCUGAGAAGAGGAUGCUGCAUCCAGCCUCAUGGGCGCCGCCAACAACGCGCCGCUUCCUGACCAAGGGGGCGGGUUGGGCGGGAACGUGAGAUUGGCCUGUCUGGGUGGCGAGAGAGCGGAGGACCGAAAGUGAAAGCAGGCACCCGUCUGCCUCUUUUCUUCUUAAGCGAGCGAUUCCAGGAAAUCAGCGCUUCUCACGCCCGGCUCGACAUAGAUCUGCCUGGCAACCGUGAAGACGAGGAAGAACCCUCCCGUCUCCAGACAAAAAUAGGGACUUUUUUCUGAAUUCCCCUUGCAGCACUUUGAUCCCAAACCGAAUAAAUUCCUUCGCAAAAUGA